AGGACAUUGAACUGAAGGAAAAGCUGAAGCGCGAGAAACAAGAGCGUAAACGCCGAAUCGCCGAUGAUCGGUCUCAACCUAAAGAAACCUCCGACGUGUACGCUGCAUUCUUCAAUUUGACCGACAUCCCUGCUGCAGACUCAGUUGAGGAAUCUAAUCUUAUGUCAUCUAACUUAUCCAAAGUUCAUGAAGAGGUGAGUCACACUCCAUUCACUCGUACAUCUUGUUACUAA